AUGUCACCGAAUCAUAAAUUGUGUAGGUCUAAGGCUAUUAAUAUUUUGUCGCGACAUCGAUUACAAGUACUUGAAAGAAAUCACUUAUCUCCAUCAUAUCUUUCAACAAAAUUGAUGGAACAGCCGCAUUUUUUAAAAGUGGCAUCCAAAUCGGCCGCUAGCUUGUUGUCGACAGCUUCGGUAUCACAGCCAACCUCCACUACCGAGGCAACAACUGCGAUCAACUACGAGAAUGUGAACCUGGAGAUACAAUCAAUUAGAAACGGUUCCCCAUUGACCCAAUUCGAUAACAGCAGUAUAGCAUCAGAACUUCACUUAUCAGAGUAUAUUGAAGAUCUACCUUUUUUGCCUUCAAAUAUUCGCAAUACGCAACGAUCACAUAAUGACCGCAGUUAUUUGCCAUUAUACCCAAACCCAUUAGGUUUGGAAGAGGAACGAUAUUAUCGCCAAUGUAUCUUGAUAUCCAAAGCAAGCGAUGAACAGCAAUUUCAUCAGAAAUUAAAGCAGUUUUUUAUCUUUUCAACGGCAGGGAAACCAAUAUAUUCAAUGAAUGGUUCAGAUGAUGUGGUGAUUGGUUAUAUGGGGAUACUUACCACCAUAUUUUCAACGUUUCAGGAAGAUCUUCAUAAGGACUUCAACAGUAUAGAGAUAGGAAAUGAUGUAAAGAUUGUUGCUAUGAACAGAGCUCCUAUUGUAUUGUUUGCAAUUACCAAAUUGAGCCAUGAAACUGAAGACUUCCUUAAGUCUCAACUAGCUAUUCUUUACAAAUACUUGUUGAGCAUAUUAUCAAGAUCUGCAAUCGACAAACAUUUCAACAAUGGAUUAAACUAUGACUUGCGACGAAUUUUGAGCCCCUUAGAUUUUGCAAAUUUGGACGAUUUGUGUUUGAAAUUGACCUUCGGAUUGCCUAAUGAUCUCAAUUUUUAUUUGAGCCAAUUGUUUUCAAGUCGGCAAAGUCUCAAAAUACGCUACACUUUAAGAUCCAAAAUGAACAAGAUAUUAAAGACGUACAAGGAUGAUGACCUAUUAUUUACCAUCUUGGCCAAGUCUAAUGUUAUUUUGAAUUAUAUUUGCAAUAGAGCUCACAAUUUAUCCGAUAAUGAUUUGAGAUUAUUGUUGUUCAUCGUGAAAUCAUUGAAGAACAAGGAGGAAGACUUGUGGAUGCCAUUGUGUAUGCCCGAAUUUAAUAGUCACGGUUUUCUAUACGUGUUUGUUCGAACAUGGGGCCAGAAAAGUUUAAUACUCAUCAGUGGAAACAAGACUUCAUUCUACAAAUUAAAAGAGCUAGCGAGUGGCAUAAUACUCACGGCGGAAAGAUCACAGAAUCGUGAAUUUCUUAGCAGUUAUCAACGAGAAUUGGUGACACCGAUUUCGAGCCAAAUUCCAUUUAUUGUCAAGCAUUUUUUAUAUAUCAAUAAAAGCCUCAACCAGUUCAUUAGCAGUGAAGCGCCGCAUAAAAAUAGAGACUUCGUGCUCCAAUUGAUCAAAUAUUACACACAGUUGAAAAAUAACAAGUCGAAUAUACAGGUCAAAGAUAUAUCAAUUAAUUACAAGAAACUAACAUAUAUGAAGUGGGAGAACGUGACAGGAUUUAUGAUUACCGAUGAUGUGUAUGCAUUUUAUUGUAUUAUUAACGAUGAUCUUGAUUCAAAAAAAUUGAUUGAUGUCAGUCUUUCUAUAAUAAAGUGGUGCAAGAAAAAUCAGUCGCGGUUAUUCUUGCAAUAG